UGUCCGCCACUCUGAUAAAGGUCCGAGCAUCAUUUCCAACACAGAGGCGACAGAACGAGUCGACGCUGCAAUUGGGACCGUGGCAAUGAUGAUUGCGUUUGUCUUUGAAAGGAGCCCAAGCAAGGAGAGGCGUUAGGGCAGAGAAGUCAAGUGGUCGCACUUGUUACUGUUGCGCUCAGGUGAGGCCGAGGGCGCGCGAGGACGCGCUCCUUUUCCUCCUCUUUUGUGCGCGCCAUGUAGCCGCACGCCGGACAACCGCGCGACACCUGAUUUUGCUCCCUAAUCGUCGAAAACUCGCUCCGGUUUUAUCUUGGAUCAAACGUGCUUGGGGGACGAACUCCACCAUGUUGGCUUUCAACGAGAUUCUAAGCACACGGGCAGCCCGGAGUCAGUGUCGCGAAGGGUCCCGGGGAGUAGUCUCAUCCAAGUCACGACAACAUCGCAGAGCCGCUUCCAGCUGUGCGUGUGUUUUGCUGCUGCUGCUGCUGGUCACCCCACGAGUGGAUUCUUCAUGGUGGUAUAUAGGUGCACUGGGUGCCCGUGUGAUCUGUGACAACAUCCCAGCCUUGGUGAAUAAGCAGCGGCAACUGUGCCAGCGCCACCCAGACAUCAUGCAGGCCAUCGGCGAGGGUACAAAGGAGUGGAUCCGAGAGUGCCAGCAUCAGUUCAGACACCAUCGCUGGAACUGUAGCACACUGGAACGCGAUCCCACUGUGUUCGGCCGCGUCUUGCUGAGAAGCAGCCGAGAAGCAGCAUUUGUCUAUGCCAUCUCCUCUGCUGGGGUGGUGUAUGCACUCACUCGUGCCUGCAGCCAAGGUGAUCUUAAGAUGUGCAACUGUGACCCACAAAAACGUGGUCGGGACAAGGAUGAGCGAGGAGAAUUUGACUGGGGGGGAUGUAGUGACCACAUUAACUACGGGAUCAGGUUUGCCAAAGCCUUCAUAGACGCCAAAGAGAGGACGGUCCGUGACGCACGGGCGCUUAUGAACCUGCACAACAACCGCUGUGGAAGAACUGCAGUGAAGCGUUUCAUGAAGCUGGAGUGCAAGUGUCACGGUGUUAGCGGCUCGUGCGCGCUGCGGACGUGCUGGAUGGCCAUGUCGGACUUCAGAAAGACCGGCGACUACCUGAGGAGGAAAUACAACGGGGCCAUCGAAGUGACCAUGAACCAAGACGGGACGGGAUUCACCGUAGCCAAUAAAGCCUUUCGGCGGGCCACCAAAAAUGACCUUGUCUACUUUGAAAACUCACCCAAUUAUUGUCUGCCGGAUAAAUCAACAGGUUCCAUCGGUACUGCUGGGCGCUUGUGCAAUAAGACAUCACACAGCCCAGAGGGAUGUGAUGUCAUGUGUUGUGGGCGGGGCUACGACACCACCAGAGUUGAACAAUUCACCCAGUGCGAGUGCAAAUUCGAAUGGUGCUGUGCUGUGGAGUGCAAGGUCUGCAAGGAAACUGUGGAUGUACACACAUGCAAGGCACCCAAGCAAGCAGAAUGGUUGGACAAGACCUGAUCACAAAAGCCCAUGCCACCAUCCUGGGAUGGAUCCCCACCCCUUCCCCUUUGCAGGCCAUCCUGCAGAAAAUGACAUUCUGGGAAAAUGUGUCUGAAUGCGUUCUGCAUCUCCGCCACCACCCCCUGUCCGCUUCUCGGUUCGUCAUUGCAUGGCUUAUGUACCUAUUUGUGUCAAAGCGGUAAAAUUCAAUGCCGGUCUAUAUAAAUGAACCUCCAUUAGUCUCUGCUUGUGAACCGGUGGGGUCAGAGGAUGAACUGUGACAAAGAACAACCGAGGGAUUCAGAUAGAUAUGUAUCAACGUUUCGGGUCCUUCGAAACUUUGUUCUCGUAACCGGUUGUGGGUUUUAAAUGGUUUGCUGCUUCUAGAAUGCUUUAAAUACACAUUCUUAUAUGAACUGAGCCCUCAAACCAGUAUUAUAACAAAAACGUCAUAUACUCACGUAUUUUCCAUUGCUUUUAUGGAUUUUUAUUUUUUUAACCCCAGCAAUUGUUUUUGUCUCACUGUGUGCACUUUGACCAGUGGAUAUAGAAGCUAAAGAAAUCUUUGGCAAUAGACUAAAGGAGAACAUGGAGAUGGCGCUUUUUUUCAAUAAAUGGACAAUAAAUGGAGUCAUUGAAAUGUUGGACGCAAUACUGUAGGGGAUUUCUUUUUUUAAUAAUUCAGUUAAAUUUUACGAAUGGUCGAUUCAUUUCUCAUCAUUGGAUGCAAUGCACUACAAUGACUGACACAGGGCGAGUACAAAGAAGGUUGGUCGGUUUGUCACACUAAAGCACAAAUCCCAAUCAGAUUUGUCAAUGUUGUUCUCGAGCUUACUUGUUUAACUUUGUCUCCUAUAUGGCCUUGCUCAAACACAGAUCUUCAUAUGAAAUAUAUGCUAUGAUAGUUAGACACUAUAAUUGUGUUUCUUUUUUUCAUUUAGAGUUAAGAAAAGCGAGCUGAAAGUUUACAGAGCACAACUAAUACGAGAAGCGGGGUGGGGGGGGGGGGUUGAUCAGCAUUUACGGUGGUGGGCUUUUUCCAUUACGGGGAUACAUAAAGUUUGGUAGAAAAGAAUGUACAUCGAUCCCAACACAAGUGGUCAAAACGGUUACAUUACAAUGCAAACAUGCCAAAGACAGUUAAAAGUAGUCAAUACCAAAACCAGAUUAAGGCGUUUGCAAAAUGUUUGGAGACACAUCAAAAUGUGAGCAAAAUAACAUGAUGUGUCUUUCCAGGUCUUAAAUACCAUCUCAACACUUUGUUGUGGAACAUUGUCACAUAUGUGAUCCAAAAUCUUGCGUGACGUCAUUGAGGUCAGAUGUGAACAUGGAGGAGUUUGUCAGUGCCUCGGAACCCGCGCUUCAUGUUCGGAUUCAUCUCGGAGAGUCGUGAGCAAAGUCUACCAACUUUAUUCCAGUGCGCCACUAACUAACAGCUCUACUCAGAACAAAACAAGUGACAAGGAUAUUCUUCUUCAUUGAUAAAGAUAUCCAGCCAUAUAGAAAACAAGGGUUUUACAUAUCUCUUCCACGUGGAGCUUAGGUACAAAACACCAAAUAUCUGGGGCACAUUUUUAUCUUUUUCCAUUUUCAAUCUCUCACCAAAACCAAAUGAUUUUAUUUUCAUGACUAUUAUUACUACGAUAGUGAAAUGGUGUUUGUAUACAGCAAUACCAAUAUGAGUUUACAAUUGUUUUCAAUUUGUGAGCAGUUGUGAAAGGCACCACCUUUCUUAAAGAACAUUGCACUAUGCCUGAUUAACUGUCAAUUGUGAGCCAGGUGUUUACAAAAGCACUGUUGAAUUGAAAAAUACAUCACUUUUAAGAAGUUAUUUUGUGGUGAAUAAAUAAUCAAACUCUUUG